AUUUGCGAUAAUUACAAUCCAAUAUUUUCCCCAUAAUAUUUGCAACAAGAACAGCAAUAUUAAUUUUAGUAACUGAUUUGUGUUUUAACUCAUACGAAAAAAAACAAGAUAUGUUUACUGAAACUCAUUAAUUAUAUUAAGAAGUGUUUUAGUGUAUAUGCUUGUGAAAGACUUACAAGAAACAAAGGUUGUCCUAGAUUAUAGAGCAGACAAUGGUCAGUAACUCCAGAACAUAGCAGGCUGGAUGCACAUGUCAGACAUUUAGACUGAGCUGCAGUGCACUUGCUGCUACACACCAGGCACAAACCAGGGUUGUCUUUAACUAACAGAUCUUCUAGUGCCGAUUGUCAUCAGAUAAAAUCCAGGACCUCUCGCUGGAAUGAACAUGGAUCUUCCAGCCUCUAACUUAGACUACAGAGAGCAAUCCUAUUGGGAUGAGAGGUACACCUCUGAAGACAGUUAUGACUGGUUCUCGGGCUAUACAUCAUUCAAGCAUCUCUUGAAGGCAGAUAUACAGGCCCACCACAGAAUCCUUACUCUUGGAUGUGGAAACAGCCCAAUGAGUGCUGAGAUGUACAGAGACGGGUUCCAUCACAUCGUGAACACUGAUUUCUCUUCUAUCGUUAUUGACAAGAUGAGCAAGAAGCACUCAGAUAUGAUUGAAAUGAGCUGGCAAGUGAUGGAUAUGUGCAAUAUAGAGUUUCCAGAGGCCAGUUUUGACAUUGUUCUGGAGAAGGGAACUAUAGACGCUCUAAUGGUUCAGGAGAGAGAUCCAUGGAAUGUUUCUGAAGAAACCUGCCAGAAAAUUGACAGUAUUUUGAAUCAGGUUAUGUUUAUUGUGAGUCAUAUAUUAAAGCCAGGAGGGAAGUUCAUUUCUAUCACUUUUUCACAGACCCAUUUUCGGAAGCCCCUGUAUGCACGUUCCAGGUACAACUGGGAUGUGCAAGUCUCAACAGUUGGUGAUGCCUUUCAUUUCUUCUAUAUGGUCAUGGAAAAAGGGAGAGAACUCAGUGAAAAAGAUAGACUGAAGGAAGUUGAACUUGAGAGGCGGAAACUAUGUCAGGUUUCUUGUGAAAAUAUACCAACAGUAUUUAUAGUUGAGGAUACAGAAGAUUUUGCUCUAGGAAUUGAGCUUUAGCUAUGAAUUUGUUAUUGCAUGUGCAAAUAAAUGUUAUCUUUAUUGUUUAGGAUGCAAAGUCAUUGGAACAUAUAAGUCAUUUUUCUGCAAAUAUUAAGACAUUAUAGGUAUUGGAAACCAAUGUUUCUCUAACAAUUAUGAGCCAUGAUAUUUAAUUGUAAAUAUGAAAUUGAAUUGUUGCCUAUUGUUCAACAUUUGGCAAACAUGGGUCUGCCAUAUCCAAAUUAAACCUGUCAUUAAUGUACUAUAAUAAUAUCAAUGGCAUGUAUUUCCAUCUACCAAAUGUACAUUAAAGUCAAAUUGUGAAGAUAUUGCAAAAUGUUA